CAAAGUGACACUGUUCGCUUUGUAAACGUAACCUUGUUUUGACAGUACAAUUCAGUUGUAGAAUAAUAACAAACAACAAAUUCGAGUCGCUCCUGUGGAUUUUAAAAAUUUGGGCCAUUUGAUAGUUGAAAAACGGACUAUAACCGAUGAAACGAUGUUGUGUAGAUGGAUAUUGGAUAGCGGCCAGAUUCUCAAGCAGCACAAAUGGAUUGGCGUGGUCAAAUAUUGCACACAAACUGCAGCUAUUGAAAGUGUUUUGCGAUCCGAGAUGAAACGUCCAAAGGAGGUGAUUGCCAAAUUAUUGAAGAAAAACAAAUUUUUGCUUCAAGUCCGACCAGAUGAGAUGAAAAAGUCACUACAACGACUCAAGCGGUUAAAUUUUGAUGCUAGCGACAUAAGAAUACAUCCAAGUGUGUUGCUACAGAGUGAGUUUCAGUUGUUGAACAACUUCCAGCGGCUCCACGAACUUGGUUAUUCUAAUGUGACCAUCUAUCGUUUGGCCAACAUUAAGGACAUUUUGACAAAGUCGGUGCAGUUUAAUCAAAGCUUUAAUUUUCUACCGAAAAAUAUCAACGUCAUCGAAAAUAUUUUCACGGUGGCCAAAGUUCCGCUGAAGUCUGACAUUGAUACAAAUUACGAUCGGCAAAUGCGAUUGGAAGCGAUUCACAGGCAGGCACUUCGAAGCUAUAUGCUCAAUCGCAUCAAAUACACAUCAGCCGAUAUUGAUGAAAUGUGGAUAUAUUAUCCCGGACUAAAAACACGAUCCCUUCAAAGCAUUGAUCGGUCGAGGCAACUGCUCGAAGAUGCAUACAAAGUACCAGUCAGCCAGCUGCCGAGAUUUAUUUUAUUAAUGCAACCAGAAGAAAUCGAAGAAUUACUGGCUGUAGACAUUGUUAGUGGUAUUAAUGUGAAACAGGUUAUGACUAUAGCAGCCAAAUGUAAUUUGAAACGCAUCAGGGAAAUUGAGGUUAUUUGUGCCAAUUAUAAAGUACCUGAUUACGCCAUUGCAUUCGCACCGAAAAUAUUCUUCAUGAACGUUGACACAUUGAGCAGUCGCAUCAAUCGAAUAUGCAAACUGAAACAUGGUAAAGACUUUCUACAACACGUUGCCAUCGGAAAAGUGAUUGUGAACAUGGGACUUAUCGAAAUAUAUGCCAAACAGCAUAAAAAGCGCUUCGAUUCAGUGUUCAGUGACACUUUUGUUAAUUUUUGUUUGAAUGGAUUCAUAACUCGAAAGAAUAGGCCGCUACUAUUCUAUUUGUGUAAAGUUUUCAACAAAUCAAAAGAUGAAAUCAAUGAGGCUCUACAGAUUCAUCCACACUCGUCGAUGUUUUCAUUUCCCGUGGUUCAUGAAAAUAUUGAGUAUUUGUUGAAUAAAGGAUUCACUCAUGAUGACAUCUUCCAAGAUCUGCCCAUUAUUCUAUAUUCAAUAGACGAAAUAAAAGAAUUUUUCGACCGGCUGAAAGAUCCUGUGGAAACGGCAAGACUGAAUAUCAACCCAGAACAAUUGAGUAAAUCAGAACUAUUGCGACUAUGCGUAUACACCAUAGAAAAGAAAUCUGGUUUCAAUGGUGAAGGGAUUUACCUGAAUUCACGCGCCGCCGAAUUUAACGAUGAUGAAAGUUGGGAAAUGGAAGAAAUGGUCAAACAAAUAAGUUGUUGGUCAUAAAAUACAAGAGAAGAAACAAAAAAAUAAUUGAGUAUAUUUAGUCACUAUACGUAUUUGGCAUAAAAUAGUGUUAAACAUAAAUGAGAAAAACAAUUUACUCCAUCGAUCUAUUUACAUGAGUUUGUUGAUCAUUUUGCUUGAGAAAUCAGAAAAAAAAUUGCACCAAAUGCUCUCAAAAACAACUAAAAGCAGCUCAUGCUUUUCAAAUGUACAAAACUUAAAAUUUAGCGUUCGUUUCAUGUUCCUCUUAUUUCUACGAUAUUAUUUUGGCUCUUGGAAUAAUUUUGGUUUGAAAUUGUUCUUUGGAUGCCUUAACAAAUAUAGUAAUUUUAUAAUUAAAAUUUAGAAUGUAAAUUAUUCGGAACUAGUCGAAAUAAUGAAGGCACAUUUGGAAUGCACAUUGAUUAGAGUUAUACACUUAAGGCUAAAAAAGAAUGUGAUGACCGAUUUAAAUCAACACUCAAGGCUUAAAUAUAUGGAAUACUGUUUUGGCAAGA